AUUAAUGAUAGGUAAAGCCAACCAGUGGGCCAUGUAAACGAUACGGCAUGGGAAUUAUAGGAUUUGGAUUUGAUAGGGUCUUAACAACCUUACAAUCGGCUUAAAUUUCAUUCACGGUGUUUAAUUGUUAUGAAUUAGAUCAUUGAAGUUUGCUUUAAGCACCUACAGUAGUAUAUAAGAACAGUUGGAAUCAGAGAAUGUCUUAACUACUGCAGGAUUUUCAACGAACGGUUUUGUUUUUGUUUGGGCUAUUUUUCGCUCUAGAUAUUUAUCACCAACCGCGCGUGAUGGACCGGCCUCGUUCGACGGUGAGCACGAUGACGCACAUGACGGAGCGGACGGAAAGAACGCAUACGACGUCCAAUGUGACGGCACGCGCCACCCCAGUAACCCCCGCACACAAGUCCUGGACCGCAUACCAGGGACCAGUUCUUUACACAGGUCCGAGCGGCCUACGGGAUCAGCGCGUGCGGACUGGGCACGAGUUUCUCGUGACGGGCGAGAACGAGGCGUCAUCGGAGAUCACGAGCCAGAUGGGCUACCUGAACCGUGGCGCCCCGGGGCAGGCCUUCCCUAAAGCCAAGAACGGACAGGUCGGCGAGAUCGGCUGGCUGUAUGAUACACUCAAGGUCGUCAAGGGAAUUUAAACGUGUCCGCAAUGUUUUAUAACAUUUUUGUGUAUAAAGAUCUUGUUUUAUAAUUGGAUCUGAAAGUCAGUAUUAAUUGUAUACAGUGUUGCUCAGGUACACAUGUUGAAUGUAUGUUUGUAUUUCGUGAACACUGCAUUUAUAAACAAUCGUUUUGUCAUGUGUUCGUGUGUGUGUGUGUGUGCAUUCUAUUAUAAAAAAAAAUGUAAGUGUAUACUAUAGAUCUUUAUACUGUUAUAUCUUUGUUCUGUAUAGUAUAAUACUUUUGAAGUGAAAAUGGCAUUAUAUAGUUCUCACUAUAAGUCUUUGACAUACCUGUAUAUUUCUCUGUAGCAUCGUGUGAUGAAUGAAAUCAUUAUGCAUCAAGAUGCAUAACAUUGUCUAGUGAAUAUAUGAUAAGUAUGUCAGCCAUCAGGAUAUGCGUUUGUAGCAAAGAGUCAUAUUCAGCAUUUAUGUGCUGCGAGUUUCAUAAUCGCCUUAUAGGCGGUGAGGGAUUUUGAUGUGACAGUAGAGUAGUUCUAGAGUAGUCAGUAGAUAGUCGGUAGAAAGUCCCUAGCUAGUCAUUAGUGUAGCUCAGUAGUUCUAAAUAUCGUGUGUCGUGAUGUAGCUGUACAUAGUUUGCCGUGCAAGUAGCUAGUCAAACAGUAGUUUUGUAAUCAGUAGCUUAGUCAGUAGUAGUAGCCGUAGUUUAGUUGGUUUGCAGUGUUAGUAGAGUAGACCUGUGUGCUGUGGUGUGCUGGGUGCAGGGACUUACAGAAACCAUAUCACUCUUUGCUACAAAUAAUUUUUCCAUGUAAUAUAAUAAUGGUAUGAAAUAUGAUAUAUAAAAAUCAUAAACAAACUGAUAUUUGACUUCCCUUAAAACACAGCUAUUUUAUACGGGAACCUCCAGCAUGAUUCACUUGAUUAUGACUCCUAUGCUUUAUAUGACUGCCGAACUAUUUCCAUCCGCAAGUGUGUAUAUUAAGUUUGUCUUUGUUUUUAGUAAAGUUAUUUAGUAAACAUGCUUGUUUCCUUGUAUAGAUACUAAUUGUUGUUAAAUAUUUAUUUAGUCAUGUAGUAAAUAUAUAUUAGUUACUUUUUAUUGUUUUGUUUCACAUAGAUAGAUUUUAUUAAUUGAUAUUAUUAAUAAAAUAUUGU